AAUACAUCAGUAUUCGUUCGAUACUUACUUACAUAGCUCUACUAUCUUUUGAGCUUGAAUCGCCAUUGAUUGUCUUUGUGUGUCUUGUUAUAAAACAUAUCCCUUGGUUAUCCUGACCAACAAACUACGAAGAUGGCCACAGUAGAUAUCCCAAAACAGCAAAAGGCGGCUGUCAAGAUAGGACAGGGAAAAGAUGCAAAGGCUCCAUUAAAGGAUAUUGAUGUGCCGACACCAGGUCCUCAGGAAGUUCUGGUCAAGAUCAACUGGACCGGACUCUGCGCAUCUGAUAAAUCCCUUAUUCGCGAUGAAUGGUCGAGCUUUGGGAUUUCGAUGACGCCCAAAUCGGAAGGCAUCGCGGGCCACGAAGGCGCCGGUGUCAUCGUCGCCGUCGGCGACGAUAUGCAUCAUAAAUGGAAAGUCGGUGACCGCGCCGGCAUCAAAUGGGUAUGGAGCACGUGCGGACAAUGCGAGUUCUGCACCAACGGAACCGACGAACUACAUUGUCCCAACCAGAGAAAUUCCGGGUUUACGGCGCCAGGAACCUUCCAACAGUAUGCUGUCAGUGAUGGUCGAUAUACCACUCGUAUUCCAGAUGGGGUUUCGGACGAAGAGGCCGGUCCUAUCAUGUGUGGUGGUGUUACGGCCUAUGUGGCUUGUAAGAGAAGUGCGGUUAAGCCGGGACAGUGGAUUGUCUUGCCCGGUGCGGGUGGCGGGUUGGGUCAUUUCGCCGUGCAGUAUGCGAAAUCGAUGGGCAUGCGAGUGAUCGCCAUCGACGGCGGUGAUGAAAAGCGCGAACUAUGCAAGAAACUCGGCGCCGAGGAAUUCAUCGACUAUACCAAAACAUCCGACAUUGCAGCCGAAGUGACGCGAAUCACCAAAUACGGUGCUCAUGGCGUGGUGGUGACGGCGGCGACCAAAGAAGCAUAUGCAACGGCACCGGGGUUCCUUCGUCCUGGUGGAACUGUUGUAGCCGUGGGCUUGCCUCAUGAUCCUACCGUCGUGGCUGGUGCUCCGCCUGUGAUGUUGUGCAUGAAACGACUUAAUGUCGUAGGUAGUGUUGUGGGAACUCUCAAGGAUGUUGAGGAGGCGUUGGAUUUCACGGCGAGAGGUUUGGUUCAUGUGAGAACUCAUCCCCUUUUUUCUUUCAUCCUUACUUUGUCUUAUAGAUUGGUUCGAGAAUAUCGAAUCCUUACUGACGUAUAUCUCUAGCCCAUCCUGACAAAAGGCACUCUGGCCGAUCUCGACAAAUAUACCGAUCUGAUGGUUGCUGGCAAAUUGGCUGGUAGAGCUGUGCUCAAGGUUUGAAUAUCACAAAGACGGUUAUUUAUGAUAUGACAU